AUGGCGCUGGCUACUAAUCUUCAACCGCUGGCUUAUGCCGUGGCCUACGUUACCUUCUUUCUGGGCACCACCUCGACCUUUCUGAGGUUUUACAGUCGUUACGUCGAUGAGAGUCUGAGGAAAUGGAGACGGGAUGACUACUUCGCUGUGGUGGUUUUCAUCUUCAGUGUCGCUCAGCAGGGUGUCUUGCACAUGUUCCUCUACUGGGGAUGCGGGCUACAUAUGGACGCUCUUAAUACCUUCCAACAACUGGAAAUUGUCAAGUGGCUCUUUGUCGAGGAGAUAGUCUACUACUCCGUACAUUGGGUUAUGAAAUCCGCCUUUCUCUUCUUUUACCUCCGGCUUGCGCGGGAGAGUGCCGAGUUUAGCUAUGCUGUCUACGCUGGCCUUGGUCUUAACACAAUCAACAUCGGCCUAGACAUGUACAUCCUCCUUCUCCCCAUCGCCAUGCUUUGGAACUGUCAAAUCAGCUUCCGCAAAAAGAUCGCCGUCCUCAGCGUCCUCACCUUCGGCAGCAUCUCCGUCAUCAUCGCCACCUUCCGCCUCAUUCCACUCCUCGAAUUGGGAUCUCAAUCUGACGAACCCAUCGACACAUCCUGGGUUCUCGGCAAAAUGAUCAUAAUCGCCGCCCUGGAGACGCAAUUCGCGAUUGUCGCAGUCAACCUCCCUUCGCUCAAGAAACUCUGCACCAACUUCACCGGCGAAGAGAGUCUCGUUGAGGAACCGCAGAACUUGAGGUGGAAAGCGAAGAAAUUGACUUCGCAAUGCAGCGACGACUCUGACGACGACGAAUUCUACGUCUCGGGUGGAAAUGGACGCGGAUACCAUUGGCGCAAGAGCAAGGCUAGCUCGCAUACAAGUUUCCGGACAAGCAUCGCACCCAGUUUCGCUACGGAUGAGGAAUCGCUUCAGGCCAGUGUUGCUGUUGCGCUUCCGGUGCUGUGGGUCAAGUCGAAUGUUCAGACGAGGACACUUCUUGAGGACGUAUGGCAGGCCGGAGUCGAGGCGGCCAGAGAGUAG